AUGAAGAGGAACGCACUUUGGCUACUAUGCGUUCUGGUGUUACCGGCGAUAGCCUUUGGUGGUAGGAAACCGGAGAAGAAGGUAACGUCCGGGAGGAAGGAGGAUGACUUAGUGACUGGUUUGCCCGGUCAACCACCGGUGAACUUCAAACACUACGCCGGGUACGUGGAUCUCGGGCCUAUACAGAAGCAAAAGGCACUUUUCUAUUGGUUCUUCGAAGCUCAACAAAACUCCUCUCGUCGUCCUCUCGUCCUUUGGCUCAACGGAGGACCUGGUUGCUCAUCGAUUGCCUAUGGAGCUGCCCAAGAACUAGGCCCUUUCCUUGUUCGCACCAGCGGUCCCAACCUUACCUUCAAUAAUUUCUCAUGGAACAAAGAGGCCAAUAUGUUGUUCUUGGAAGCACCGGUUGGGGUUGGGUUCUCGUAUACCAAUAACUCAGAGGACCUUCAAAAGCUUGGGGAUGAAGUUACCGCACAAGAUUCCCUUGCUUUCUUGAUCAACUGGUUUAAGAAAUUCCCCGAGUUCCGAUCCAGCGAGUUUUACAUCACCGGAGAGAGUUACGCCGGUCACUAUGUUCCUCAGCUUGCGGAGGCAAUAUACGACAGGAACAAGAAGGUUGCAAGAGACUCUCACAUCAAUCUCAAGGGUUUCAUGAUUGGGAACGCGGUGAUAAACGAGGAAACAGACAUGGCAGGACUAGUGGACUUCGCAUGGAGCCACGCUAUAAUAUCGGACGAGCUCCAUAGCAACAUCCAUGGCUCGUGUCUUUUUGAGGAAACGCAAACCACCACCAACAAGACCGUACUAUGCUACGAAAGUAUCAAAGGGUUCAUGGAAGCUUACAACGACAUCGAUAUAUACAGCAUCUACACUCCCGUUUGUCUCUUGUCUCUGUCUUCCUCUUCUCCAAGAAAACCUAAACUCGUCGUGUCUCCUCGUCUCCUUACGUCCCACGAAUUGUGGGAUAAGUUGCCGGCCGGGUACGAUCCAUGUACCGAAGGCUAUACAGAGAAGUAUUUUAACCGGAAAGAUGUGCAGACCGCACUCCAUGCUAACGUUACAAACCUUCAUUAUCCUUACACUCCUUGCAGCGGGGUAAUAAGGAAAUGGAGAGAUGCUCCUUCCACCGUGAUUCCCAUCAUCCAGAAGCUUAUGACCGGUGGCCUCCGCAUCUGGAUCUAUAGUGGAGAUACAGAUGGGAGAGUUCCGGUAACAUCUACGCGUUAUAGUAUAAAGAAGAUGGGACUUAAGGUGGAGUCACCGUGGAGGUCAUGGUUCCACAAGAGUCAAGUGGCUGGAUGGGUUGAGACCUACGCCGGAGGAAUAACUUUUGCCACCGUGAGAGGAGCUGGUCACCAGGUUCCGGUGAUUGCUGGGCCGCAAUCACUCUCCUUAUUCUCUCACUUCCUCUCUUCCCUCCCAUUGCCUUCAAAACGCCUAUAA